GCUCGCCGCCCCAGCGCCGCCGCCCCGGCCCCCGCGGGCCCUGCCCGACCCCCGCGGCCCCGCCGCGCCAGAGCGGGCGCCGCCCGCGCCCCGCCAUGUCGUGCGUGCACUACAAGUUCUCCUCCAAGCUCAACUAUGACACGGUCACCUUCGACGGGCUGCACAUCUCCCUGAGCGACCUCAAGCGCCAGAUCAUGGGCCGGGAGAAGCUGAAGGCGGCCGACUGCGACCUGCAGAUCACCAACGCGCAGACCAAAGAAGAAUACACCGAUGAUAGUGCUCUGAUUCCCAAGAACUCAUCGGUGAUUGUGAGGAGAAUCCCCAUUGGAGGAGUUAAAGCUACCAGUAAAACAUACGUUAUGACUCCUAAAUCGCACAAAAUCCUAGAAACUACUUUCAGAAGUCGAAGUGAGCCAGUGAGUGGAACAUCAAAAGCAAUUGAUGACUCUUCUGCAUCUAUUUCUCUGGCCCAGCUUACUAAGACUGCCAAUCUGGCUGAAGCCAAUGCUUCCGAGGAGGAUAAAAUAAAAGCUAUGAUGACACAGUCUGGCCAUGAAUAUGAUCCCGUCAAUUACAUGAAGAAACCCGUGGGGCCACCUCCACCCUCCUACACCUGUUUUCGCUGUGGCAAACCUGGGCACUACAUAAAGAACUGUCCAACGAAUGGGGACAAAAAUUUCGAGUCUGUUCCCAGAAUUAAGAAAAGCACAGGAAUUCCAAGAAGUUUUAUGAUGGAGGUGAAGGACCCCAACACAAAGGGUGCCAUGCUGACCAACACUGGGAAAUAUGCAAUUCCAACCAUAGAUGCGGAAGCUUAUGCUAUAGGAAAGAAGGAGAAGCCUCCCUUCCUACCUGAGGAGCCAUCCUCCUCAUCAGAAGAAGAUGAUCCUAUUCCAGAUGAGCUGUUGUGUCUCAUUUGUAAGGAUAUAAUGACGGAUGCGGUUGUUAUUCCCUGCUGUGGAAACAGUUACUGUGAUGAAUGUAUUAGAACAGCACUGCUGGAGUCCGAGGAACACACAUGCCCUACCUGCCAUCAGACUGAUGUUUCUCCUGAUGCUUUAAUCGCCAACAAGUUUCUGCGCCAGGCUGUCAACAACUUCAAAAACGAAACCGGUUACACAAAAAGGCUCCGUAAGAUUCAGCAGCAGCAGCAGCAGCAACAGCAGCAGCAGCUGCCGCCGCCGCCGCCGCCGCCGCCGCCGCUGAUGCGGCAGACGAUAACGCGCACCCUGCAGCCGCUGAUGCGGCCGGCCAUGGCCCGGCAGCAGGAGCCGCUCAUGAUCCCGCUGGCCUCCCUGGCCUCCCGCUCCGCCCUCUCCUCCCUGGGCCCCGGGCCGUCCAUGGCAGCUGGGCUGCCAGUCAAUCCGUCUUCUGUGGUUGUCUCUGAUCUCCCUCCAGCAGUGUCCCUCUCUCUCCGUGGGGAAAAGCCAGAUGGACCUUUCCGUGAUGCUGAUGCUGUUUUGCCUCCUGCUCUGAUGACUGCUGCUGAGCUUUCCAAAUCUUCCCCUUUGUCAAUCAGCAGUUUGUUGGAAGAGAAGGGCUAUCAGGUUCCUGUACUGAGACAACCAGCGAUACCAAGUCUUCUGGGCCCUCAAGGACAAUCAAUACCUACAACUGGUAAGAAACUAGAACUUCAGAAUUUAGUCAAAAAAUUGUCUUCAGAUAAACUUACUGGGAUUUUUUUUCAUGUUCCUGCUGCAAAAGGUCAUCCAAUGAGAGCUGGUGCACUUCGCAGGCCAGGCUGGGAGCUUUCAAAUCGAGGACGCCCGCACAGUGACCGUGCCCAAAGGACUCAGGCCCCAUCACUGCCAGCAUCAGCACCAGUCUUUGUGCCUGUGCCUCCACCUCCCUUGUAUCCUCCACCACCCCAUGCUCUUCCUCUUCCUCCGGGGGUACCACCACCACAGUUUCCUCCUCAGUUUCCACCUGGGCAGCCUCCAUCCGCUGGGUACACUGUCCCCCCUCCCGGAUAUCCCCCAGCUCCUGCAAACAUGUCAUCAGCUUGGGUCCCAACAGCAGUGCCAGCGGCUCAUUCAAACACCAUCCCAACGACACAAGCACCUCCUCUCUCUAGGGAGGAGUUUUACAGAGAGCAACGGAGGCUUAAAGAGGAGGAAAAGAAAAAGUCCAAACUUGAUGAGUUUACAAAUGAUUUUGCUAAGGAAUUGAUGGAAUAUAAAAAGAUUCAAAAGGAGCGUAGGCGUUCGUUUUCCAGGUCCAAGUCUCCCUAUAGUGCUUCAUCUUACUCUAGAAGCUCAUACACCUACUCCAAGUCACGCUCAGGUUCGUCGCGCUCCCGCUCCUACUCGCGCUCCUUCAGCCGCUCCCAUUCCCGCUCCUACUCGCGGUCGCCGCCCUAUCAGAGACGAGGCAAAGGGAAGAGUCGGAACUACCGCUCGCGCUCCCGCUCCCACGGCUAUCACCGCUCCCGCUCCCGCUCGCCCCCCUACAGGCGCUACCACUCCCGCUCCAGGUCUCCGGUGUUCCGGGGCCAGUCCCCCACCAAACGGACGGUCCCGCAGGGCGAGGCCGAGCGCGAGUACUUCAACCGCUACAGAGAGGUGCCCCCGUACGACAUGAAGGCUUACUAUGGCCGCUCGGUGGACUUCAGAGACCCCUUUGAGAAGGAGAGAUACAGAGAGUGGGAGAGGAACUACAGAGAGUGGUACGAGAAGUUUUACAAGGGCUAUGCCGUGGGCGCUCAGCCACGGCCUCCAGUGAACAGAGAGAACUUCUCUCCAGAACGGUUUGGCCCACCUGGGACCAGACGAGAGAAUUCACCGUAUGCUCGGGGACGGAGGGAGGAGUAUCCUGCCGGGCAGAGCCACAGGAAUCGUAAUGUAGCUGGAAACUACCCUGAAAAGCCUGGGAGAGAGAGCCAUGGCAUCAAAGAUCCUACAAAAUCAAAAGAGAAGGAGGUGGAAAAUCCAUUGGGAGAUGGCAAAGGCAAUAAACAUAAAAAACACCGGAAGAGAAGAAAAGGGGAUGAGAAUGAAGCAUUUCCCAACGUUGAGCUGUUAGAAGGGGCAAGAAAACCAAGAGAGCCAGUUCCAACAGAAGAUGCUAAAACAGACUCUCUGUUCAUGCUGCCAAGCAGGGAUGAUGCCACCCCUGUAAGGGAUGAGCCCAUGGAAGCAGAUUCCAUUGCUUUCAAGCCAGUGUCUGAAAAGGAGAAAAAAGAGAAGGAUAAGCCAAAAGCAAAGGCUGAGAAAACAAAGCGGAAAGUAGAAGUGGCGGCUGCUCCAAAGAAAGACAGCGUAGCAAAACCAGCUAAAGCUUCCCAGGAAAAGGUGGACCCCGAUCGCGAAAAAUCUCCUCGAACGGAGCCUCCUGUGAAAAAAGUCAAGGAAGAGCUGCCAAAGACAGACAGUGUUAAAACCUCUUCCUCUCAGAAAGAUGAGAAGGCUCUUGGUACACCACGGAAGGCUCAUCCCAAAGUGACGAAGGAUCACCCAGAAACCAGACCAGCCAAGGAGGAGAAGGCAAAGAAAGAGCAUCCUAAAGAAGCCAAGGCAGAGAAGCCCUCCAGCAAGGAGGAGAAGUCAAAGAAACCUGCUGAGAAAGGCAAACUUUCCGAUGCCAAACUUGAGAAAAGGAAAAGAAAAGCAGAGGAAAAGGCUGAUAAAGAGCAUGAGGGUGCUUCUGCAAAGGCCUAUAAACUCGAAACUGCAGAAUUGAAAACAUCACCCAAGGGGAAGGCUGAGCCCGAGGGGGAGAAAGGAGAGCGGACCCCGGAAAAGGAUAAAGCUGCUUUUCUUAACAACCCGUCCAAAAAGAUUAAACUUAACCGAGAAACUGGAAAAAAGAUUGUGAGCGGAGAAAACGUGCCACCUGGAAAAGAAGCUGUGGAGAAACCUGAGCCCAGCAGCAGCAAAGUUAAAGCGGAAAAGACAAAGGGGAAAGCCAGAAGGAAAGUGACAGCAGCUGACAGCGCUAGCUCGACUCUUGUGGAUUACACCAGCACGAGUUCCACUGGGGGAAGCCCUGUCAGGAAGCCUGAGGAGAAGCCAGACACCAAACGAACUGUCAUUAAGACCCUGGAGGAGUAUAACAACGACAUAACAGCCCCUGCUGAGGAUGUCAUUAUCAUGAUCCAGGUCCCUCAGUCCAAGUGGGAUAAAGAUGACUUUGAGUCUGAAGAGGAAGACAUCAAAUCCACCACCCAGGUGCCCCCAACUGUAGGAAAACCCGCCAGUGUUAUCAAACCUGUGAGUGCAAAGGCACCAAACCUCCUCAAACACACUGAAAAGGAGACAGAGCCUCUGGAGAAAAUACAGAAAGCUGCAAAAGAGGCAAGUUAUGAAAGCACCCAACAUGAUGCCAAGAGUUCAAAAAGUUCUGUGUCGAGUGAAAAAGGUAAAACCAAAGACCGGGAUCAUUCUUUGUCAGAGAAGGACAGUUCUGAGAAGAGGAAGAGCAGUGUUCAGCCAGAAAAAGAGCACUCAGAACGUGCAGCUGAACAAGGAAAUGGAAAAACUGUAUCUCAGUCUUCUAAAGAUGGCAGAUCUUCAGAGAAGCAUGACAGUGGCCGUGGCUCUGCCACGAAGGACUUCACUCCCAACCGAGACAAGAAGUCUGACCAUGAUGGCAGCAGGGAGCAUUCGAGUUCCAAGCGCAGAGAUGAGAAGAGCGAAUCGGCACGGAGGAAAGACUCCCCAUCCCGGAUCAGAGACUCCACAGCAGUGCAGAAGAGCAAGCCAAGAGAGGAGCGUGUGGAGCCACCCAAAAAGGGCCCUGCGGAGGCCAAGCGGAGCAGCUACAGCCCCCCGCGGGAGCGCAAGCCCACCGAGCACAAAGCUGCGCACGACCCCAAGCGCCCCGCUGAGGAACACAAACCCCCGGAUAAAAACCCAGGCAAAGAGAAGGAGAAAGAGAAGGAAAAGGAGAAGCAUGUACCAGAAGUCAAGAGCAAUAAGGAGAAAGAGCCAGGUGGGAAUAAACCCCCAGUGAAACAGGACUCGCCAGAAGUUAAAGUGGAGAAGGAGAACGUGGCGGGUCAGGGCGAUAAAGGCGCGGCAAAGCCGAAGGCGCCGGUGAGCAGCGCCGCGCGCCUCUCGUCCGACCUCGCCCGCGAGACCGACGAGGCCGCCUUCGUGCCAGACUACAACGAGAGCGACAGCGAGAGCAACGUGUCUGCAAAGGACGAGGAGGCUGCAGGGAAAACGCCCAAAGAGGCGAAGGAAAAGGCUGUGGAUAAGGUGAAAGAGGAGGCGGCGGCCCCGGCUCCCGCCGAGCAGCCAGAGGUGGGCAGGAGCCAGAGCCAGAGCAGCCCUAGCGUCAGCCGCAGCCGCAGCCACAGCCCCUCCGAGAGCCAGACACGGAGCCACAGCAGCAGUGCCAGCUCAGGGGAGAGUCAGGACAGCAAGAAAAAGAAAAAGAAGAAAGAGAAGAAGAAGCACAAGAAGCACAAGAAACAUAAGAAGCAUAAGAAACAUGUGGGAAAUGAAACAGAAUUGGAAAAGAGCCAAAAACACAAACACAAGAAGAAAAAAUCGAAGAAGAGCAAAGAUAAAGAGAAAGAUGACCAAAAAGUGAAAUCUGUCACGACAUAAGCCGACAGAUAAUGAAAAAAUGACUUAAUUACUAAGUCAUCUGUAUGAUCUUUGUUAAAAUGUAAACGACUUCAAGCGUUGUAUAUAAUGACAUGAAAGACCCUGUGCUGCACUUAAAAUAUUGCUGCUUGAUUAUUUGAUUUUUACAUCAGAGCUUUAUAAAAGUGAACAUUUUGUACAGAAUUGUGAGUUGUGACCAUGUAACAUGAAAGGUUUUGCUGGGGCAUCUUCUUUUUAACCACCGUUAAUUAUUUUGGGUGGAGUUUACUGUACUGUGAAGAUUUUCACAUUCGGGUUUUUUUUAAUUGCCUGGCAGAAGCAGCUGGUACCAGUUACCAAAUACCAGCAGAUAAAAUGCAGAAUACAUUACAGCCCUGUUAUGUCACUUUUUGAUUACAAUAAAAAAGUUUUCAGUAAAUGACCCAA